AUGUAAGAAUUGUGUCCCUUCCCUGGUUAUCAUGGUACCUAUUGUCCUUAAGAAAACGUUGCUUUUGCAUCCUAUAAGAGAAAUCUUCAAUCUGGAAUCCCUAAAAUGCCUUCAGGUAUAGGUGCUUCCUUCGAUAUUUCUACAGGUGAACUCAAGCUCCCAGCUAUCUAACUCACUUAUUAAUCUGAACCCAGCUAGGAAUAAAUUUAUACUGACCCUCUUUCUAGUCAUCAAUUUAUUGUUGCUGAUGAAACAUCAAUAGAAUAGGUUAAUUUAGAUGCUGAUAUAAAAGUUUUCAAAAACGAAUUUGAACUUACUAAUAUCUGGCUUGAUGCUACUCAAAACGGAUAAUGGCUUGGAGGUGAAUAUAGUUAAUCUAAAGACUUAAAUGAUGUCUUCAAUAGAUUCUUCACAAAUAAUUAAUAUACAUCUAUUGCUUAAUAGCCUAAAAAUGUGAUCAGAAUGGCUUUCAAGACUGAUAAUUUGAAGCUUAAUAGAUUCGCUUAAAGAGCAAUCGAUGCAUUACCAGAAGAUUAUUAAGUUGAUGUUUACAAUGAGUUCUUAAAUGCUUGGGGAACUCAUAUUUCUGUUGAUACUUUUGUUGGAGGUAUGAUUGAAAAAUAAACAGUGUUUAAAGAUUGUAUUUUCUUCACUCCUUAAUUCACUGGUGGCUACUCAGCUGAACAAGUAAAUGAAGCUUUAAGAAAUGAAUUGUAGGGUAAUCCAGCUGAAGGAUUUUUCACUGCUAGAAGAUAGGUAGCAUUGGAUCAUAAAUUUGGUGGUAAUCCAGAAGAUGUUGCUAAUUGGGAAUAGACAAUCAGCUAAAAUCCUGCUUUGUUAAAAAUUAAUAGAUUUUUAUCUUGGGAUAACAUGACUGCAAAUCCUUAA